AAGACCUAUCUACCUGGCCUCGGUGACUGCUUCCCGCCGGCCGCCCUGGCGCCGCUGAAGGACGUCCACCAGGGCCUAGCCCCGCCGUGCCGCGGCCCCGCUCGCCUGGCCGUCAUCUCGGGCCACUACCUCUACUAUCACUAUGGCUGCGAUGGGCUGGACGACCGGGGAUGGGGCUGCGGCUACCGCACUCUGCAGACGCUGUGCUCCUGGCCAGAGGGCCAGUCUACAGGCGUACCUGAAGUGGUCGCCGUGCAGGCGGCCCUGGAGGACAUGGGCGACAAGCCCCCAGGGUUCCGGGGCUCCCGGAGCUGGAUCGGCUGCGUAGAAGCCAGCCUCUGCCUCGCACACUUCGGAGGGCCCCAGGGGCGCCUAUGCCAUGUGCCCCGUGGAGCGGGGCUUCAAGGGGAGCUGGAGAGGCUUUACUCACACUUCACUGGGGGUGGCGGCCCUGUGAUGGUGGGAGGGGAUGCGGACGCCCGGUCCAAGGCGCUGCUGGGGGUCUGCCUGGGCCCAGGCACCGAAGCCUACGUCCUGAUACUGGACCCACACUACUGGGGCACUCCAGAAAACCCUAGCGAACUACAGGCUGCCGGGUGGGUUGGCUGGCAAGAGGUAAGCACAGCCUUUGACCCCAACUCCUUCUACAACCUGUGCCUAACCAGCCCUAACUCUGACAAGCAUCAGCACACGCUGGACUGAGGGCAAGGCCCCUGAACUGACAGCGAUCGCACACGUGUGCUCCUAUUUUCUUCUGAAAGGUGUCCCAGCAGAGUGGGGCUGUCGCGAGGCUCACCUAACCUCCACCCCUGCCAGUGUCUGGGAUGUUUGGGAAGCCGUACAACCACCGAGUCACUACUGAAGUGCUUUUAUUGGCAGUAUGUCUGAACGUACAAAAAGAUUCUCAGCUGAUGGGACAAGGCAGUCACAAUUACAGAUGAUAAUAGGAAUGGGGGGAGGGGAGGCCACUCAAAAGAAAUCAACAUCAUCUGGGGCAUCCAGGUCGCGAUAUUCCACAAUGGCCCUUGGGUCUCCACGAACCAUCCUGUGAGAUAAGAGGGGAAGCGCGAUGAGAAUUGACGGCCUGAGUUUGGAGGAGGCAAGAAAACUUGGACAUCUGCACUCAUUCUCACCUGUUGCGAGGCUUCCCAGGAUAACCACCCUGGCCUCGAAAGGCAUCAUAGUUUCCUCGGCCAGCACCGUAUGGGGCAUGGGGGUACGGAGGCCCGCCUGUGGGGACUGCAGGGCGGACAGCGCCCGCUAGGAAAAAGACCAGUGUUGAAUUCAAAACCCUGACCUCGACCUCCGCCUGUUUUCUUCCUCCCAGCCCCAUGCAACCACUAAACUGUUCAGCUCUUCCCAUGCUCACCUCCAUAGCCCAGGAU